AUGCUGGCUCUUCGUGACCAGGAAAACCUAGUGAACACCCACCAGACCGCCGCUGCCAAUAAGCCAUUGAACCAGGGAAUCAAGCCGCUAGCUCCGAAGACUCCUGGCAGGAAGGUACGCCUUAAUGACGAGAACAACACCAUCGCAUUUGGAAAGCAGACAGUGAAGGGCAAUGGAAACCGUUUGGAGAAUGGGAAAGCGGGCAAGGAUGCGUUUGUGACGCCGAUGGAGACAAAGAACCGAGCUCCUUUGGGCAACAAGACAACCAACCUGAAAGCGAAAGGCCUCCAAACACCGGCCCCGUUCGGAGGAACGUUGAAACCCGAGAGAACCAGCCGAAGACCUUCUACCCAAAAGGUCAAGAAGGCUGCUCCAGUCACUCAGCAGCCGCAGACAAAGGUUCACCUUGAUGUAGUCCAUGAUGAUGUGGCAGAUAUAGAAUAUAUGCCCCCACGGGCUCGAGAUCUUCCGGACAUACCAGAUGAUCUUCGCUAUGACACCACAUACCCUCAGUUUAAGCCUCGAAACCGUGCUUUGGGGUUGGAGAGUGUUUAUGGACGACAAGAAAUUGGGAGCGAUGGUCUGACAAGCAAGCAGCGCAAAUUUCAGGAGGACUCUGCCAAGUGUGACAAAAUGGUCGACGAGAUGAUUAUGAAGCAACUUGAUGGCAUUAGUUUCAAUGAGCGCAGCGAAGAUGAGGCGGUAAAGCCCUUGGCACGAGUGCCGCUAGCAUCGACUACCCGUUCCAAGGGACUAUCCUCAAAUGCCCGACCUCUUCGGAGUAUCUCUACACUGAGAUCUCGGGAGGCAGCGGCAGCUCUGUCGGCACCCAAGACCAGAGCUCCUUCAGCCAGAAUCGCUGCGGCUUCCAAGCAAAGCAUGACAUCUUCUCUCUUGCCCAAAAAGAAGGCCCGUGUUCCGACCAACCCCUCACCCAUGCGGAAUACUGCAGCUGCGAUGAACUCCAACACGACCGUUGGCUACUCCAAGGGCCGCAGUGUUUCAUCAACAUUGCGGGAAAAUGAGGUCAGCGCCAAGACCACCCUUUCUCCCGAGACCUAUAUGCAUCUUUAUGGCCCGCCUCCCCUGGGCUCGGAGAUGUGGACUCGGUGCAAAGCUGCUGGCUCCUUCGACACUGAAGAUGAUGCUGGACAGGAGCUCCAGGAGUCUCUUCCCACAUUCUCUGAGGAUGAAGAGGCCGACAGCUUCCAGCUCACGCUUUAG